GGAAAAGUCCGGGUCAAAGCUGCUUUUGGCCUGAAGGGAUUCGAGUGAGACACCGAUCCGAGAGGGGGGCUCCCGGGAAACUGUGAAUCCAGAGCCGGGGUGUGGGAAGGAACGGCGGAGGGGUGGGGUGAUCCGCAGACACCACCCCUCUCUCUACAAUGUGGGUCAGGUUGUGAAUUGUCACUGUUUGCAAACAACUUUCCGACCUGGCCAAAGCAAAUGAAACUGAAAGAGCGAUGACACAUGUGUCGAGCUGGAUAAACGCAGUGGGUGCGGUGCAUCUUAGGAGCACAAACACAUUUCAGGCCGAGACAACAGAAACUGCUUUGUGCUUUUCACCACUUUCUGAAGAACCAGGACAUUUUGCUGCGAUUUGGACGGUGGGGGCGCCUCUUGAUGACAGAGCAAUUUAUUAGGGGAACAACACAUUUCCCAGCGAACAGGGAACCCAGCGGGACAUUGCAUCAACGGCUCCGAUAAUGGACAGUCUGCGCUUCCUCUAACAUGGAGUUUUACAAAGUGUUUCUCAGCAGCUUCUCGGUCUGCUGUCGGUGUCUGGCCCUGAUCCUGAUCCCAGUCCGGGUCCCGGGAAAGGAGAUGCAGGGACAUUGCUCACAGAAACCGCUCCCCCUGCUGCUCCUGCUGAGUGCUGUUUCUGCUGUUUCAGGUGACUCGCCUGUCUCAGUUUCUGGGUUCCUUGGAGAGCAGGUUGUACUGCCCUGUAUCUACAAAGGGAAAAUCCCAGUCUCUGAUUUACUGGUCAUCUGGGGGAGACGCAAGACGGAAAUUGUACACAAGUUUGUCUAUGGAAACGAUAAUUUGAGAGAACAAGAUACACAGUUCAUAAACAGAACAAACCUGUUCAAAGAUCAGCUGGAAAAAGGCAACUGGUCAGUUCUGAUCUCUGUCCUCAGGGAGACAGACCAGGAUGAGUAUCACUGUCAGAUUUUCUGCACGACUGUAGGUGUAUAUUGGGCGCAAACUGAAAUUGUUCAUCUCUCUGUAAAAGGAUCCUGUGAGAAUUGUCCCCACAGGGGGAUGAAAGCUGCUGGGAAUGAUCCUCCUCAGGGAAACUCUGGAAAACUUCCAUUCUACAGAUAA